AUGGCGGAGCCAAUCGAGCCCAGCUUCAACACGGAGCGACAUGUCAAAUAUUAUCUCCGAUGCCUCAAGACCUUCCUCCCGACGGCCUAUAUCUCCAAUGACUCCAAUCGCAUGCUCCUCGCCUAUCUCACCCUCUCUGGAUUAGACGUUCUCGGUACUCUACAAAGCAAGACCACGCCGGAGGAGCGACAAGGGUACAUCGAUUGGCUCUACCACUGCCAGGUGCCGACGGGUGGAUUCCGCGGCUUCUCAGGCACGGAUUUCGGCGCGGAGAAGCGGACAACAGAUAAUGAAGCUUGGGAUCCGGCGAAUGUGCCAGCGACCUUCUUUGCGCUGGUCAAUCUACUCAUUCUGGGAGACGACCUGUCGCGGGUCAAGCGGAGGGAGUGUCUCCAAUGGCUGCCCAAAUUGCAGCGAGACGACGGGAGCUUUGGAGAAGUCCUCGGCCCCAAUGGGAGAGUCGAGGGAAAUCGUGACUUGAGGUAUUGCUGUUGCGCCGCUGGCACGCGAUACAUUCUACGAGGCAAAAGUGGGAAGGGCGCUGAGGAUGUGGAAGACAUCAACGUGACCGGAUUAAUAUCGUUUAUUGAGAAGUGUCAGACAUACGACGGGGGGAUGGCUGAGUCUCCCUUCCGCGAGUCACAUAGCGGACACACAUAUUGUGCAGUUGGAUCUCUAGAAUUUCUGCGUCGGGGAACAGUUGACAGACAGCAGGCGGGUCUUCUGUUGCCCGGGUCGGCGAAGUUCGAGGGCUUGGUGAAUUGGUUGGCAUCACGACAGACAGACGACCUCGGCGAAGAGGACGAAGAGGACGAGGACGAGGCUGAGGCUGAGGCUACUGUUGAACAAGAAAUGAAUGCAGGGACCGGCUCACUCGACGAACGGGUACACGCACUGCCCGGUCUAAGGGAGAUUGGAGGCGACACAAUCCCGUGUGCUGGGUUCAAUGGCCGGUGCAACAAGGUGGCGGACACUUGCUACUCGUUUUGGAACGGGGCAACACUGCUCAUGCUGGAUCGAUAUUCGGUGAUUGACGGCGAUCGAAAUCGCCGAUAUCUCUUGGAGAAGACGCAGCACCUCAUCGGUGGCUUUGGAAAGGCAGUCGGGGAUCCUCCCGAUCUCCUCCACUCAUAUUUUGGUAUGGUGUCUUUGGCCUUUCAGCAUGAGGCGGGGCUUGCACGCGUCGAUCCCGUGAUGGUUACCAGCGAACGUGUUGUCCAGCACCUGGCAUCACUGCCCUGGCAGGUAUAG